AUGUCCAACGUGACCUACUCCUACGUGGUCCUGUCUUUCUACGGCGACUUGGGCGCGGCCAAGUACUUGGCCUUCGCGGCCACGGUCACGAUGUACGCUUGCGUGCUGGCGUCCAACGCCUCUCUGGUGGGGUUCAUCUGCCUGGACCGCGAGCUGCGCGCCCGGCCCAUGUUCGUGCUGGCGGCGUCGCUGUUCGCCAACCAGCUGCUGGGCAGCACGGCUUUUUUACCGGCGGCGGCGGCGCAGACGCUGAGCUCGUCUCACGCCGUGUCUCCGGCCGCCUGUUACCUGCAGAUCUUCGGGCUCUACUCCUACGCCCGCGUGGAGUUCUGCACGCUGGCCGCCAUGGCCUACGAUCGCUACCUGGCCGUGUGCCGUCCCUUGCGCUACGGCGCUAUAGCCACGCCGCGCCGGGCCCUGCUGGUUACGCUGGCCCUGUGGUCGCUGUCCAUGGCCUGGGUGGCGGCGGCCCUGGCUCCGAGCGCGGCCCGGCCGCUGUGCGGGACCGAGGUGGCCGGCUUCUACUGCCAAUAUUACCAGGUGAUGCAGCUGUUGUGCGGUGGCGUAGCGCCCGCCAACUACGCGUACGGACUGGCUGCCACGGCGUUGGGGGUGGUGGCGCCGCUCCUACCCGUGCUGUACUCGUACGCCGGGAUCUUGCGCGUGGUGUUUACGGGCCGAGGGCAGGCGCGGAGCAAAGCCGUGGCCACGUGCGCGCCGCACGUGGUCUCGCUGCUCAGCUUCUGCUUCGGUUGCACCUUCCAAGUGGCGCAGGUGCGCUUCGAGGCCGCCGGUUUGCCACCCGGCCUCAGGGGCUUCCUGGCUCUCUACUACGUGCUGGCGCAGCCGGUGGUGGUGCCGCUGGUUUACGGAGGCCAGAUGGCGCAGAUACGACAAAGGUAUAAGCGCUUGCUGUGCUGCCCCCGCCACCUGCCGGUGAAAGACCACGGCUGA